AUGCCCAACAAGCUGGGGCUCUGCAACGCCAACGGCAAGGGCACCAAGAAGGAUCUCAAGCUGGCAGCCAAGUAUUACCGGAUGGCGGCCAACCAGGGCGUGGAGAUGAUGGGCUUGCAGUGGGUCUGGAAAGACAAGGUCCGUCCCUCCCAGUGA